CAGGAAAAGAAAGACAGCCUGCAGGUGGUGACCAAAAAAGGGAGAGACCAGCAGUGGGAAGGGAGCCUUCACUUGUAGCUGUGCUGAAAACUCCACCUUCAGGGCAUGGAAACAAGUCAUUUUUUAAUAAGAAUUAAAAAGUAAUCAAAAUCUGCAGAAUGAAAAGAUGGCCCAAGUGCUGCUUGCACCACCAGGACCGGAUUGUUUCUUCCGAUUCACGAAGGAGUCCCUCGCAGCAAUUGAGAAAAGGGUUGCUGAAGAAAAGGCAAAGCAAAAGACUGAAGAGGAGCAAAAGGAUGAGGACAAUGAAGAAAGCAAGCCAAAGCCAAAUACUGACCUGGAGGCUGGGAAGCCUUUGCCCUUCAUUUAUGGGGACAUCCCUGCAGGAAUGGUGUCGGAGCCAUUGGAGGAUCUGGACCAUUACUAUGCAAAUGAAAAAACAUUUAUAGUAUUGAAUAAAGGGAAGACCAUCUUCAGAUUCAGUGCCACACCUGCCUUGUACAUCUUCAGUCCUUUCAGUACUGUUAGAAGAAUUUCUAUAAAGAUUUUGGUUCAUUCAUUAUUCAGCAUGUUUAUUAUGUUCACUAUUCUGACGAAUUGUGUAUUCAUGACCCUGAAAGAACCACCUGAAUGGUCAAAGGCUGUGGAAUACACAUUCACUGGAAUUUAUACAUUUGAGUCACUCAUAAAGAUUUUCGCAAGAGGUUUCUGUAUUGGUAGUUUCACUUUUCUUCGAGAUCCCUGGAAUUGGCUCGAUUUCCUUGUAAUUUCAUUUGCGUAUAUAACAGAAUUUGUAAACCUAGGCAAUGUUUCAGCUCUUCGAACUUUCAGAGUAUUGAGAGCUUUGAAAACUAUUUCUGUAAUCCCAGGCCUGAAGACCAUUGUGGGGGCCCUCAUUCAGUCCGUGAAGAAGCUCUCGGAUGUCAUGAUCCUGACGGUGUUUUGUCUGAGUGUGUUUGCCCUCAUAGGGCUCCAGCUAUUCAUGGGGAACCUGAGGCAAAAAUGUUUGCUCUGGCCCCUAAGCAAUUCGUCUUAUCAAGACCCAUAUUUUGCAGAAUACUACAAUGGAACAGAACUCAACUGGUCUGAAUACAUUAAAAAUCAAGGCCAUUUUUACAUUUUGAAAGAUAAAAGUGAUCCCUUGCUUUGUGGGAACAGCUCAGAUGCCGGCAAAUGCCCAGAAGGAUACACGUGCAUCAAAGCUGGUCGAAACCCCAACUAUGGCUACACAAGCUUUGAUACCUUCAGCUGGGCCUUCUUGUCACUCUUUCGGCUGAUGACUCAGGACUUCUGGGAAGAUCUUUACCAACUGACCCUACGUGCUGCUGGCAAGGGAUAUAUGGUGUUUUUCGUUCUGGUGAUUUUCCUGGGCUCCUUCUAUCUGAUCAACCUGAUCCUGGCUGUGGUCGCCAUGGCCUACGAAGAGCAGAACCAGGCCACUAUAGAAGAGGCAAAGCGAAAGGAGGAAGAAUAUCAGCAGAUGCUGGAACAGUUGAAGAGGCAGCAAGAGGAGGCUCAGGCGGUAGCAGCAGCAGCAGCAGCCUAUAGAGACUUCAAAGAUGACGGCGCGCUUGGAAGGCUUUCUGAAACUUCUUCGGAAGUGUCAAGACUGAGCUCCAAAAGUGCUAAAGAAAGGCGGAACCGGAGGAAGAAAAGACGACAGAGGGAGUUAUCUUUAGGGGAAGAGCGAGCAAAUGGGGAAAAAAUGCCAAAAUCUGAAUCAGACAGUAGCAUCAAAAAUAAGGGCUUUCGAUUUUCUCUGGAAGGAAAGGGGCUCACGUAUGAGACCAGAGUUAUUUCUCCGUACCAGGUAUCCUCAUUCCUCUCUCCCCAGUCAAUGCUGUUCCCCACGAGACGCAACAGCCGAGCAAGCUUUUCCAGCCUGAAAGGCCCGACCACCGAAGGGGGCUCGGAUGCCGACAGCGAGCAGAGCACCUUUGAAGACAACGGAAGCCGCAGCGGGUCCUAUUUCUUUCCGCGCAGACGAAGCGAGCGGCGCAGCAGCAACGUUAGCCAGUCGCUGCUGCCCAUGUUUCCAGUGAACGGGAAGAAGCACAGCAGCGUGGACUGCAACGGGGUGGUGUCCCUGGUUGGAGGGCCACCAGCCCUCCUGUCGCCUACCGGACAGCUUCUCCCAGAGGUGAUAAUAGAUAAAGCAACCACUGACGACAGUAGCACUGCUUCUGAACUAGAUAGCAGGAAAAGGCGGUCAAGUUCUUUACAGGUAUCAAUGGAUUUACUGGAUGAUCCCACCAUAAGGCAAAGAGCAAUGAGUAUAGCAAGCAUAAUCACAAACACAAUGGAAGAACUUGAAGAAUCCAGGCAGAAAUGUCCACCAUGCUGGUAUAAGUUUGCCCACACUUACUUGAUUUGGAGCUGUUGUGAUAGCUGGUUAGAAAUAAAGAAAGUUGUUCAUUUAAUUGUGAUGGAUCCAUUUGUCGAUCUUGGCAUUACCAUCUGCAUUGUUCUAAAUACGCUCUUUAUGUCCAUGGAACAUUAUCCAAUAGAGAAGUCCUUCAGUGACGUUCUUAAAAAUGGAAACCUAGUCUUCACUGGGAUCUUCACUGCAGAAAUGGUCCUCAAAAUAAUAGCCAUGGAUCCUUACUAUUAUUUCCAAGAAGGCUGGAAUAUUUUUGACAGCAUCAUUGUCAGCCUGAGUUUGAUGGAGCUGGGUCUUGCCAAUGUGGAAGGCCUGUCAGUCCUGAGAUCCUUCAGAUUGCUUCGAGUCUUCAAGCUGGCAAAAUCGUGGCCAACUCUCAACAUGCUGAUAAAGAUUAUUGGGAACUCAGUCGGGGCUUUAGGCAACUUGACCUUGGUCCUGGCCAUCAUUGUCUUCAUUUUUGCUGUGGUUGGUAUGCAGCUGUUUGGUAAAAGCUAUGAGAGCUGUAAGUGUAAGAUCUCGGAUAACUGUAAACUUCCACGCUGGCACAUGAAUGACUUUUUCCACUCCUUCUUGAUCGUGUUCCGAGUUCUUUGUGGAGAAUGGAUAGAAACCAUGUGGGACUGUAUGGAGGUGGCAGGCCAAGCCAUGUGCCUUAUUGUUUUCAUGUUGGUCAUGGUGAUUGGAAACCUCGUGGUACUAAACCUCUUUCUGGCCUUAUUAUUGAGCUCUUUUAGUUCAGACAGCCUGGCUGCUCCAGAACAGGAAACGGAAGCAAACAAUCUGCAGAUUGCUAUAGCAAGGAUACAGAGAGGACUAGAUUAUGUAAAAAGGAAAGCACGUGAAUUUGUUCAGAUUGUCCUUUUACAAAAGUGUAAGGGAUCCCCUGGAGUCGUUUCAACGGAUGAACAAAGUGACAAAAAGGGUGCAUGUGUUCCUAACCAUACUGUGGCAGAAAUCAACAAAGGCCUUGGUCCUCACAAGGCUAGAACAACAACUACAAUCUAUCUGGACAACAGUGAUCAUAUUCAGUCUUUCAUAAACAACCCAAACCUCACAGUGACAGUACCAAUAGCUGUGGAAGAAUCUGAUACUGAAAAUGUAAUUACAGAGGAAGUUGGCAGUGUAUCCGAGCCUGAAGACAGUAAAGAGAAAUUAAGUCUUUGCAGCAGCACUGAAUGUAGCACAGCUAAUGUUGCUUUCCUGGGAGAAGAAGAGGCCGAUGCUGCGUCAGAAACUCCAUCAGAACCAAAGCCUUGUUUUACUGAAGGUUGUGUUCGGAAAUUCAAAUGCUGUCAAGUCAGCACAGAAUCUGGGAAGGGCAAAUGCUGGUGGAACCUUCGUAAAACCUGCUACAGGAUAGUGGAGCACAGCUGGUUUGAGACCUUCAUUGUCUUCAUGAUUCUUCUCAGCAGUGGUGCUCUGGCCUUUGAAGACAUAUAUAUAGAGCAGCGGAAGACUAUCAAGACCAUGCUGGAAUACGCUGACAAGGUCUUCACGUACAUCUUCAUUCUGGAAAUGCUUCUGAAGUGGGUGGCUUACGGCUUUCAGGUGUAUUUCACCAAUGCCUGGUGCUGGCUGGAUUUCAUGAUUGUUGAUGUUUCCAUCGUGAGUUUGAUAGCGAAUGCCUUGGACUAUUCUGAACUUGGUCCUAUUAAGUCACUUCGGACACUGAGAGCUUUGAGACCUCUAAGAGCCUUGUCAAGAUUCGAAGGAAUGAGGGUGGUUGUGAAUGCCCUGAUUGGAGCCAUACCAUCUAUUAUGAACGUGCUUCUUGUUUGCCUGAUAUUCUGGCUAAUUUUCAGCAUCAUGGGUGUCAAUCUGUUUGCUGGCACUUUCUAUCACUGUGUUAAUAAAACUGAUGGAGCAAUGCUUUCACCUGACAUGGUUGAGAAUAAAUCUGUUUGUGAAACUAUGUCAGAUGUUGCCAGAUGGAGAAAUGUAAAAGUAAACUAUGAUAAUGUUGGAGCUGGGUACCUCUCUCUACUUCAAGUUGCCACUUUUAAAGGAUGGAUGGAGAUCAUGUAUGCGGCUGUGGAUUCAACAGGUUUGAAUCAGCAGCCCAGAUAUGAGGCUAACCAGUAUAUGUAUCUCUACUUCGUCAUCUUCAUCAUCUUCGGUUCAUUCUUCACCUUGAAUCUUUUUAUUGGUGUCAUCAUUGAUAAUUUCAACCAACAAAAAAAGAAGAUAAGAGGUCAAGACAUCUUCAUGACAGAAGAACAGAAGAAAUAUUACAAUGCAAUGAAAAAACUGGGCUCCAAGAAACCACAGAAACCAAUACCAAGGCCAGCAAAUAAAUUCCAAGGCCUUAUUUUUGAUUUUGUGACCAAGCAAGCAUUCGACAUUGGUAUCAUGAUUCUCAUCUGUCUUAAUAUGAUCACCAUGAUGGUAGAAACAGCUGACCAGGACCCCUCUAUGGAAAACACUUUGUACUGGAUUAAUUUGGUUUUCAUUGUCCUUUUCACUGCGGAAUUCCUCCUGAAAUUGAUUUCACUUCGCUAUUAUUAUUUCACUAUUGGUUGGAAUAUAUUCGAUUUUGUGGUUGUCAUACUCUCCAUUGUAGGUAUGUUCCUGGCGGAGAUCAUUGAAAAAUACUUUGUGUCACCCACCUUGUUCCGAGUGAUCCGACUUGCCAGGAUAGGUCGCGUCCUGCGCCUCAUCAAGGGCGCAAAAGGGAUCCGCACGCUGCUGUUUGCCUUGAUGAUGUCUCUCCCGGCCUUGUUUAACAUUGGCCUCCUCCUCUUCCUGGUCAUGUUCAUCUACGCCAUAUUCGGGAUGUCCCAAUUUGCCUAUGUUAAAAAGGAAGCUGGGAUUGACGACAUGUUCAACUUUGAAACUUUUGCCAACAGCAUGAUCUGCCUCUUUAUGAUCACCACCUCUGCGGGCUGGAAUGGCUUGUUAUUGCCCAUUCUUAACAGUGAGCCACCAGACUGUGAUCCUAAAAAAGUCCACCCAGGAAGUACCACCGAAGGAGAAUGCGGCAAUCCUUCGGUUGGGAUCUUCUUCUUUGUCAGCUACAUCAUCAUAUCAUUUCUAGUUGUCGUCAAUAUGUACAUUGCUGUCAUUUUGGAGAACUUUAGCGUUGCUACAGAGGAAAGCACUGAGCCAUUAGGUGAAGAUGAUUUUGAAAUGUUCUAUGAGGUCUGGGAAAAAUUUGAUCCAGAUGCAACCCAGUUUAUAGAGUAUUGCCAACUCUUUGAUUUUGCUGCCUCACUAGAGCCUCCUCUCUUAAUACCCAAACCAAACCAUAUUCAACUUAUUGCAAUGGACCUGCCUAUGGUAAGUGGUGACAGAAUUCACUGCCUUGAUAUCUUGUUUGCCUUCACAAAACGUGUGUUGGGUGAAAGUGAUGAAAUGGAUGCUCUCCGGGUGCAAAUGGAAAAUCGGUUUAUGGCUGCCAAUCCUUCCAAAGUCUCCUAUGAACCAAUUACAACAACACUAAGGCGGAAGCUUGAGGAGGAGUCUGCUAAAAUCAUUCAGAGAGCCUUUAGAAAAUACCAGCUAAGGAAACCAGUACGCAAUGCUUCAUUCCUCUUUGAGAAAGAUGAGGACUUUGCUGUCAAAAAUCAAAUGAUCAUGGACAAAUCAAGUUUGAACUUGACUCUGGAAAAGACAGAGAGGAGCUCCUCCACAACCUCACCUCCUUCCUAUGAGAGUGUAACAAAGCCAGACAAAUAUGAACAAGAAAAGUCAGAAAAAGAAGAAAAAGGGAAAGAUGUCAAGGAGAGCAAAAAGUAG